GCUCCACUCAGGGAUAUUUGGAUUUUCUCAGUCUGGAUGCUGUAGCUCGGGGUCGGACUCUCUCUCUUCUCUCAGACUUCCUCGUGUGUGUCGCAGCGGCUGUGUGUGAGGACCGCUGCAUGUCUGGUAUCCAGACAUGGGCCCCUAUUUUCGCUCUGGGAUUACUCUCUGCCUGGUCAUCACCUUGGCUCAGGUGAUCACAGUCACCUGCCAAGAAGAUACCAAGAACGAUACCUGCACAGAAUAUGGAAAAGUCUACGCCCACAAUGACAUGUGGAACCCGGAGCCGUGUCGGAUCUGUGUGUGCGACAUGGGGACCGCUGUGUGUGAAGCCGUGGUGUGUGAGGACCUCAGCGACUGUCACAAAGCUAUGACCCUCGAGGGCGAGUGUUGCCCCGUGUGUGUGUCUGCAACGUCGGCCUCAUCUCCAAGUGCGGACCCCUCAACAGUUGCAGAUGAGAAGGAAGGAGAUAGCUGCACGUUCGAAGAGGACGUCUACAGGCACAACGAGAUCUGGAAACCAGCGCCUUGUCGCGUGUGUGUUUGUGACAACGGGGUGGCCAUCUGCGACGAGGUGCAGUGUGAGCUGCUCACCAACUGUGAGAAGGUGGUCACGCCUGAGGGGGAGUGCUGCCCCCUGUGUGAAAACUUCGCCAGUGCCGGCCGGAGGAUAGAACUGAUGGGCUACAAGGGACAAAAAGGAGAACCAGGUGAUAUCCCAUAUGUGGUAGGGCUUCCUGGACCUUCAGGACCCUCGGGUCCUCCAGGAAGUCACGGACGAACUGGACUCAGAGGCUUUAAAGGCAGAAAAGGAUUUGAAGGGCCGCAAGGAUUUGAUGGAGAGCCCGGUGUGCCAGGAAAUCCAGGAGGGUCCGGACCCCCAGGCCAGACCUCCCACCCUGGGGGCAACCUAUUGUCACAGAUGGCUUCAGGUUUCGGAGAGAAGUCAAGUCACGCUGGGAUGGUAUCAGGAUCAAGGGGAGAAGCCGGACCUCGAGGACCUUCUGGGAUGCCUGGACACCUAGGCCCAACUGGAGGUCAGGGAAUGCCAGGAGAUGGUGGAGAUCCAGGACCGAUGGGUGAGCUGGGUCAGCGAGGACAAGACGGGCCUCUGGGGAAAUCUGGACCUGAUGGUGAAGGUGGACCUUCAGGUGCUACAGGAGAACCAGGAUAUCCAGGAUCCGUGGGUGGGAGAGGGUUCCCAGGACUUCCAGGUCAUCCAGGACUGAAAGGGCUGAAGGGACACCUCGGUCUUCUUGGGUCAAAAGGCGAGACUGGAGUGGUUGGAACAAAGGGUAAAUCUGGCACUCCUGGUGGAAUGGGUGCUCCAGGCCUGCAGGGACCAGCAGGCCUGCAGGGAGAGAGAGGCCGGGCCGGCCCGUCUGGACCUCUGGGAAAACGUGGUGCCGCCGGCCAUGUUGGCAAACCUGGUCCUCUGGGUCCACUGGGUAUCGUUGGUGUUCUAGGAUUUCCCGGGAAUCCAGGAAUGAAGGGCGAAGCAGGGCCGACGGGCGUCAGAGGAACUUCGGGGCAGCAGGGUCCCAGAGGGGAAUCCGGCCACGUCGGACCUACCGGGCCUUCAGGAGAACAGGGUGCCGCAGGAACUGAUGGAGGUGAAGGUAGCCGCGGCCAAGCAGGUCUGGGAGGUGUGCAGGGUCCAGCAGGGCUGAAUGGGCAGCCUGGCCCCCCCGGCCCCCAGGGAACGACAGGAGCAGAAGGACCAAAGGGCCAAUUGGGCGAAGGUGGACUUCCGGGAUUCAAAGGAGACUAUGGAGCCAAGGGAGAAAGGGGUUACCAUGGUAUUCCAGGUCCAAUCGGCCCGACGGGAGAUGAAGGAAAGCGUGGAUCCCGAGGUGACGCUGGAGACCUCGGGCCUAUCGGACCUACAGGAGAAGCAGGAACUCCAGGAAGUCGAGGUUUCCCAGGGUCAGAUGGUUUACCUGGCCAAAAGGGAGCAACGGGCGAGAGAGGACUGUCAGGGUCGCUCGGAGCCAAAGGGUUAGAUGGAGAUGUCGGACGUAAUGGAGAGCCAGGUUUAACAGGAGCUCGGGGUCUCACAGGACUUAUUGGCGCCCAGGGUCCAGAGGGAAAACAAGGACCAAUGGGCUUAGCAGGAGAUGAUGGUAAACCGGGCCCAGCUGGUUCUGUUGGAAACCGAGGUGGAUCUGGACCAAUGGGCCUGCCCGGACCCAAAGGCUUUGCUGGUGAUGCUGGAAAGAUUGGCGAGGCUGGCAGCGCCGGGGCUCCAGGUCAAAGGGGGGUGAAUGGAAAAGACGGAGAGGAAGGCGCUGCGGGUCCAGCUGGCCCUGCUGGUGUCGCAGGAACGAGAGGAGAGCAUGGCUCACAGGGACUGCACGGUUUCCAGGGUUUGCCUGGAGGGCCAGGAUCACCUGGAGAGUCUGGGAAACCAGGCGCUGAGGGUAUGGCUGGAGAGGUUGGUGCUAGUGGACCUACAGGUGCAAGGGGAGAAAGAGGCGCUCCAGGAGGGAGAGGUGAAGUCGGGCCCAACGGGCUGAACGGACCCAAAGGAGGUCCAGGUGGACCGGGAUCAGAUGGGCCAAAGGGUAGCAUUGGUUCAAAGGGUGCUGUUGGAGAGGCAGGAGGACCAGGACUUCAGGGCAUGCCCGGAGAGAGAGGCUUAAAUGGACCUUCAGGCCCAAAAGGAGAUGCAGGCUCUAAUGGAGAGGCAGGACUGGAAGGUAAAGCCGGAGCUGACGGUGGACGGGGGCUUCCUGGUCCUGUUGGACCUCCUGGUUCCGGCGGACCCAACGGAGAGAAGGGUGAGACCGGCCCCCCAGGACCCGGGGGACGCAGAGGCACCAGAGGAAUCCCUGGUUCUACUGGUGAUCUUGGUCCAACCGGUGCUGUUGGCUUCCCCGGUACUUCCGGCGUAGAUGGUCAGCCAGGGGUCAAAGGUGAGACAGGAGAGCCUGGUCUGAAUGGAGAGGGAGGUUCACCUGGACCACAGGGGAUGGCUGGGAAAUCUGGAGGACAGGGACCUGUCGGUGUGACUGGACUGAAAGGUGGCCGAGGGACGCAAGGUCAAACUGGCUCUCCUGGUUUUCCUGGACUAGCCGGAGGAAUUGGAACAGCUGGCUCUGCUGGUGCUGUCGGGGCAGACGGGCCUAUAGGCGCCACAGGAAAGCAGGGUCCUUCUGGGAUCAUCGGGGAUAACGGAGCUCAAGGGCGUCAAGGGGAGAGGGGGACUACAGGGGCCCCCGGCAGCGCAGGAGAGAAGGCAGACUCCGGAGAGGACGGCCCUGGGGGGCCGGAUGGGCCUCCAGGACCUGCUGGGGCCUCAGGACAGCGAGGCAUUGUGGGUCAGCCCGGACUGAGAGGAGAGGCGGGCAUGCUGGGACUCCCCGGUCCUGCUGGUCCACCUGGAAAAGCUGGAGCUUCUGGAGUUCAGGGCGGCAAGGGGCCCGCAGGUGGAGUCGGUUUGCCAGGAGCCAACGGGGCGCGAGGAGACGCUGGCCCCGAGGGUAUCUCAGGAGCAGAGGGGUCUCCAGGGAAGGACGGUCUUUUAGGGGAGAGGGGAGAUCGGGGUAAUCCUGGUCAAGAGGGUCUGGCAGGAGUUGGUGGGUCUCCAGGAACCGAGGGUCCUGUGGGAAUGACGGGCGGUCCUGGACAAAGAGGCGACAACGGUGGCAGAGGACCCCCUGGAUCCCAAGGAGCAGCUGGAAUACGGGGAAAAGUGGGCCCUCAAGGACCACAGGGGGAGCAAGGAGUUACCGGACAACAUGGAGAGAGGGGACAGAAAGGACACAGAGGCUUCACCGGGCUCGAUGGUUUGCCAGGAACAACUGGCGCUACAGGGGAGCCUGGAUCAAGGGGUGUUGUUGGACCCGCGGGGCCCAGGGGGCCUCCAGGAGUGUCAGGGCCUCCAGGAAAAGAAGGAAACAUCGGACAGCCUGGACCAAUGGGGGCUCCUGGAAGCAGAGGCUCCAGUGGAGAACUCGGGGCCCAGGGUCCUCCUGGUGACAGUGGACCUUCUGGCCUCCCAGGACCACCAGGUCCCCCCACCUCAGCUAUGGAAAACCUCUUCGCUGCUCACUACGACUACGACGGGAAGGGUGGUGUUCCAGAAGCUCUGGAAUUCGUGGAGGACGACGUGGCUGCCUUUGCCCCUCUCCUCCCAGAGAUCAAUAGAGACGAAGCCCUCCCCAAUAAGAAGUCAGCCCUCCUGCGCUCAGACACCGGGGUCCAGGCCUCGCUGAAGACCCUCAGCGGACAUCUGCAAAACCUCCGUCGUCCUGACGGCAGCGAGGGGAACCCUGCCAAAACCUGCCAGGACAUCAAGCAGUGCUACCCCCAGAAGCCCAGCGGUGAGUACUGGAUUGAUCCAAAUCAAGGAAGCACAAAGGAUGCUAUCAAGGUCUUCUGUAAUAUGGAAACUGGGGAAACCUGCAUCUCUGCAAACCCUGCUGAGAUUCCCCGCAAAGCCUGGUGGACCAAAUCCAGCCCCAGCAGCAACAAACCCGUCUGGUUUGGAGCUGACAUCAGUGGGACCAGAUUCCGCUACGGAAAUAACGAGGAGAAGCCCAACGCCAUGGCCGUUCAGCUGAAGCUGCUGCAGCUUUUGUCCAAAGAGUCUCACCAGAGCAUCACCUACCACUGCAGGAACAGCGUGGCGUACAAAGACGAGAAGACCACCAACCUGAAGAAAGCUCUGGUCCUCCGAGGCUCCAACGGCCAGGAGCUGAGAGCGCAGGGAAACAUCCGCCUCCGAUACACCGUCACCGAGGACGGCUGCUCGAAAUCAAACGGGCAGUGGGGGAAGACAGUGAUCGAGUUCAGGACUCUAACUGCUGCCCGCCUGCCCGUGGUGGACGUGGCCCCCAUGGACAUAGGAAAGCCUGAUCAGGAGUUCGGCCUGGACAUCGGCCCUGUGUGUUUCUCAUAAAACAACACAAGAUGGACAGAAAUAGGCUUUUUCUAGAGGAGUAACAUCACCAGAAGAUGAAAGAAUAAGGACUUGUCUUUCUGUGAGCGAACACGUCGAUGAAGGGUAGCUUCUUGUACACAUGGCUGCGUUUCCCAAAAGUCAUUAAAGGUCAGUGUACUCACUCUAUGACCGACAGGAAGCUGACGUAAUUUAUUCACCUUGUUAAUACAUGUACUACAGAGCACCAGUACUACAGGGAAAUGCAUGUGGGAGGACAAGUGAAGUCUAAAGGUGCUGACAUGAAACAAAACAAGAUGUUAUUGAAUUGUGCAUAAACUGGAGAAAAAAGCCAACAAUAUUAAAGACAUGUUUAAAGCAGAAUGCAUAAGUGUUUAUAGCAAAAAUAAAAGUGUUCAAACCUUA